AUGGCUUCGACAGAAGAUGCCCUCGAAACCUACACUCACCUUCCACUCCAGAUCGACCCACAAACGAAACAAAUCUCUAUCCUUUCGACGGACCAGACGCUACAGGACGCUGUGGCGCAGGUCAACAGCCUCCAUUCCGCAAUGAAGGCCCUCGAAACCCCCAACAAUGUUCCUCCGCCCCCGCUUCCCGUCCAUCCCAAACGGUCAGCCAACAUUCAAAAACUGCGAGACACCGCUGCACAGUCAUCCCGAAAGGGAAACCACGAGGACGCCAUCCGACUCCUCGGUGUAGCCAUUGACAUGGCAGCUGCCAGGCCCGGCUGGGAGCCCAUGGGUCUUGCCAGAGAAGAGCUGGCCUUGAUGUAUCUCUCUCGCGCCGCUGCGAAUGCCGGCGUUCAAAAGUUUCCAGAAGGCCUCAAGGAUGCGGAAUGCAGCCUCGAAUGCAAAAGAGGUCCCAGCCAGGGUCCCAACGGCGAAAGAAUCCCCGGUAACCCGAAAGCCUAUAUCGUCGGUGGCAGGUGCCUCAUGGAGAUGGGACGGUGGAGUGACGCGGUCGAGUGGCUGGAGCGAGGCAUCGAGAUCGAAGGCACCGAUGGAGACGAUGGGAGAGAACUUACAAGACAACUGGCAGACGCAAAGAGUCAUCUUCCGAAGAAGGAUUGA